CUGGCGGAGAAGCUAGCCAGACUAACAAAGCAGCAGAUUGAAGCCUAUGAAAUCCCUCAUCAAGGAAAGAGCGGAGAAGUCAGUUUACAGAUGAUGUGGAAACCUGCCUUUGACUUUCUCUACACCUGGGCUGCUCACUAUGGAGAGAGCUACAGAGACGUUCUACAAGACCUGCACUGUGCAUUGGACAAGAUGAAAUAUCCCAUCACCAGGCAAUGGAGGGAGCUGACAGGAGCUCUCAUUUUUGUCAACUGUUUGGAGAUAUUCCGAAUGACUUCAUUUACCAAGUCAGAAGAUGAAUUGUGA